AUGGCAGAUAAGGAAUUGACAGUAUUCGUGGUGGACUUACACCCCGAAGCUAGACCAUCACAUGAUUAUUUGUUUGAUGUAUUGGCUGGCAAGCUUCUUAAAGGCUUGAAGACGGACUAUGUUUCAGUGGUGGCAUACCACUCUUCCAACACCGAACAUAAACUAGCAGACAAAGGCGUGUUUCCAGGUAUUGAAGUGCUAAUUGACUUUAAGGUACCAUCAUAUGACCUGUUGUCUUUGUUGAAGAAGAAGUUGGUUGUAAAUGAUGACUGGGACACGUCUCAGAGUGACAGUUUUCAAAGUCUCAUCUUCUCCUUGAGUCUUCUUGAGGACACCAAGAAGAAAGCAUUCACCAGAAACAUCGUGGUACUCACAGGAAACAGAUCUCCUUUGGAAUCUCUUACAGAAGAGAAGGCUGAUUCUAUCCCAAGACUCCUUCAAAACCUCAAUGUAAAUUUGGUGGUGGUUGUUUCAGAUCUUCAGAAUGGCUCAGAUGGCCAAGCCAAAUGGACCUUGCUACAACCUGCUUUCACCAAAUAUGUGCUUAUGUCGUCAGACGAAGCAAGAUUUGUUACACAGAAUGUGCCUCCUGCCAAAAAGACGAGACCGCUACCGAUAUACAAAGGUGAGCUCCGUUUCAGCUCAAAUUUCAGCUCUGUGCUAGAAGACACUUCUUAUAAUGCAGAGGCAGACGACAACGCCUUGGCCUGGCCUGUUGAAGUAUACCCUGCUGCUAAAAAAGAGUCUGCAUCAACAUCAAUGCAUGACUAUCUUGUGGAUAAUGGGAAACUCGUACGGCUAGAGAGGAAGACGUCCCACUAUGUCUGGUCCAAAAAUGAGGAGUAUCAAAGACCCGAGUAUCCUGAUGAGGAGGAUGUUGACCAGAAAAAGUUCGACAAAGUCGAGGUGGAGUCUAAGGAUUUUACCUCAGGGUUCAAGUUCUCAAACUAUGACUUGAUUGCCUUAGAUGAAGACUUGAUGGACUCGGCUAAGUUAAAAAUCUUCUCUUCAUUUGAUAUCCUCAGCUUUAUCAAAGCAGAUAGCAUACCACAAGCAUACCUAACGAGCGAAACAUUCUUUGUUGUGCCCGAGAAGAUGGCCUCUCUCCGGACAUCCCUUAAUCAUUCUGCAUUCGUGAAGGCUCUUUAUGAUCUUGAGGUUGCAGCUCUCACUAGGUUUGUGAGAAAGCAAGCGAAGGAAGUUGAACUUGGUGCUUUGCUACCCAUCAAAGUAAAGGAUGGCGACACCUUCUCCUACAACUUUCUUCUUGUACGUUUGCCUUUCAAGGAGGAUGAGAAGAUCGGGAAUUUUCCAGUAUUAAGCGAGGGUCGACAGGAAGUUAAGUCUGAACAGUCAACAUUGAUGGAACAGUUCAUCGACUCACGUACUUUAAAGCCUGACCUGAAAGCCACCGGUGUGUUUGCGAACACAAGAGUCACUAUGAGACAAUCAGACUCUGCAAAGCUUCCCUUGCCUGGAGCAGAUGGGAAUGACAAGCUACUCGUAUCCGCCCCAAGUCAAGUGCGGUUCUUGCGCUACAUCAAAACCAUUUUGAUCAAAUCAUUGGAAGCUGAUGAUUUGAAUGAGUUCUUCAUGCAGAAAGACUUCGUAAACAAUGUGAUACGAGACGGUUCAGGAUUUACGAAUUUCUUCAACUUGAAUAAUUGCUUGAACCAAGAUGCCACUAAUACAGAUGCUUGGCUUCAGAAACUUUCAAGCUCUUCGAAGUCGCUUUCAAAACGUUUGGUUGAUGAACUGGACAUUUCAUUUGUGCGCAAGGCAGAUAUCAAGAAGAAGAAAGGUGCUAGAGCGGGUGAUGCUUUCAGUACGAAGGGUAACUACGGUGCUGAUGAAGGUGAUUAUGAUGAGGUCCCAGAUUUCGGGUUUUAG